AUGGAUGGUCCUCGGCGCGCGAGGUUCAACUGCGGCAGUGCUGGGGUAGAUCACGGCGGAGGAGGCGAUGACGAGGCAACCACCAAAAACCCCAACCUCUACUACAACAUAACUAUCAUAAUUACCAAAGACUUCAGCACCAAAAUCCCCACCAAAAUCCCCAACCACUACUCCACCAAAACUAUUACAAUUACCAAAGUCUUCAGGUGGUAUAGGCAGCCGAGUGAAUGUCUCGGUGGAGAGGUUGAGGGAGACAAUAUCCCGUCUACCCGCAGACACUUCAACAUACCAGUGGAUGGAUCCGUUCAGGAACUUGCCCUCCUGGCCGCCGGUGUCCGCACCCGGCCAGCUCAGGGGCUUCCACGAGUUGGCCCUCGAGCUAUAAAUCAUGGCAUGGCUCUCGUGCUCGUCGUUCCAUAUCAUCGUGAAACUGUGAACCUCGAUCACCUUGAAAUCGUCAUGGACCUCAUCAUACCCAAAGGAAUACGAAUUGGGGAAGAUUUCCAUUUUUCUCGUGGCUGGAUUCAUUAUACAGAUGCUGCACUUGGGUUGAUCAGACGAGUAGGACAAAAUAAAGCAAACAAGACCGUUACAAGAUCCGAUCAUCGUCAAAUAGAUAUCAGGGGCAAUAGGAGGGCAGCAGCCGGUGUAUGGGUCGGCCAUGACGGAGCCAUCGAUGGCGGAGUUGAUGGGGCAAGUGUAAAGGCUGCCGUCGUUGUUAGUUAUGAGGCCGAAGAUGAGUCGGACUCCGGCAGGAUUUUCAAUUUUCUCGUGGCUGGAUUCAUUAUACAGAUGCUGCACUUGGGUUCAUUGUACGAGUCGGACGAAAUAAAGCAAACAAGACCGUUACAAGAUCCGAUCAUCGUCAAAUCGAUGAUCUCAUCGUCAGGGGCAAUAGGAGGGCAGUCUAAGGGGGGGACGUCGAAGGGGAUCGGAUCUCGAUUGUCGUCGACGGAAUAA